AUGUCCAAAACCGCUAACGCGGAACAGGUGGCGCAGAGGCCGACGCCGGUUACGAAGACGGCGCGGCGCGAGAUCUGGGGUGGCAGCUUCCUGCAAGGCAAGACGUCCAACGUCGAGAAAGUGCCCGCCUCUGCGGAGGCGAAGAUCUCGGCAUCCGCCGAGUUUAACACGUUCAAGGCGCUGCUGCAGGAGCAGCAGCGCGAAGGCCUGCUCUCGGAGGUGGAGAUGAAGGGCCUUCUCGAGAAAGCCCUCGCGAAGAUGGUGGGGGAGAUGGUUCCCCUCACGACGAACCACGCGCCGGAGGAGAGCACCUCCGAUUUCUUCCGCACGCAGCGUGAGGAAGAGCUGGAGCCGUGGAAACGGCGACGCCGCUGGGCUCAGACACAGCUCAAGAACAUCGCCAAGCGGGGCGAAAACCCGCUUACCAUGGCGGCGACGCUCCGUCGCCAGUUUAUCUCGGAGGCCGAGUCCGGCCUCCUCACCACCACCGAGGUGUUUUUGGCCCGGUACACUCUCUUCACGGAGUAUGAAGAGAUGCGCGCCGGGCUGGUGACGUUGCAGGGGAUCCUGAGAAACAUGGAUCCCGACGACCGGUUGCCGCUCCACAACUGGUUGGUUUUUGAAGACAUGGAGCCGAUGGAGCGGGACCGCUAUGGCCCCGUGAUCGACUCCCUGGAGGUUCCUCUUUUCCCAAUUUGGAACCACCCAACAGGGGAGCGGCUCCAGGCGCUGAACAAGCGCCUGUUGAGCGAGGCCGUGGAGCAGCGGAAGGCUCCCGGCACGGUGAGCGGUGGGGCGGCGACGGGCAUGCGGCCGGGCGAGAGCCUGUUCCGCAAGAACACCACCCUGUUUGGCGGGGGCUACCAGGCCCCCUUGUACAACGCCGAGGGAGAGAAGGUCGCCACGGUCGACCUCAGCGACCUCGAGGUCUUCCUCUGCGACCUGUCGCGCCGCCUCGACGAGCUGCGGCAAAGCGAGAACGCUGUCGGUGCCGCAGUGGUGAACGAGGUGCGCUCGUGCCUUGCCAAGGCGCGCACAUCCGGCAUCCGCGGCCAGAGGGACGACCUGCGGCGCCUGCGCGCCAACAUCAACCGCUCCCUCCCACCCACUCGCGUGCAGGAGUCACGGAUGGGCCGCGGCGGAUACGGCGGUCGUGGCGGCUACGGUAGCCGCGGUUACUACGGCGGCGAUGGCGAGGGCGAUGCCGACGCGGAGCUGGACAUGACGGCCGAGAUGCGGCGCGCGCUGAUGUACGCCGCCGACGCCGCAAAAGACAAGUCCUCAGCGCCUUUAAACGGAUUGGGCAGCACGGCCGUGGGGUCCGUGGUGGCCUGCCCACGCACUUGGUAUAUCUAUACGGCCAAACCCCCACAUGUCAGCCAGCUCGCAUGGACGGCGCUCACGCCAGCCAUGCGAGGGCUCCACCUGAAGUGGCUCCACGAGCUGCGCGCCAUGCCUGCCGACCUGCUGGGGCAGGACCUGGCGUCUGCAGCCAUCGGCCUCGUGAUGCGCAUGGCGCGGGCGAGGCGGUGGAAGUGGUCCACCACGGCGAAGGCCUUCUCGGCCAUCCGUGGCGCGCUGUCCAACCUGCCGCUCUACACGAACCAGACGCGCGGGAUCGACAUCACCGUGUCGCCGGAGUGGCGCGCGGCCGCGCUCGCAGCGCACCGCUUCGAGCGGGAGACCAUCGCACAGCCACCAACUCCAGUGGUCCUGAGCGAGGUCGUGCAGGCGAUGCGGCUGCUGGACCAGACGUCGCCGGACGCCAGUCUCUACCUGGCGAUGAUGUGGUCCUUUGCGGCGCGGGCUGGCGACAUCGGGUCGCUCCAGGCACGGGACGUGCGGGUUAUCGAGGGCGCAGCGACCGCACACCCACACCAGCACGACGCCGCAGUGGAAGUGGCGGGCGACGAGGUGCAGGUGGUGCUGACGAUCCGCCGCGGCAAGGGCGCGAAGUUCCGCGGCCCCUACGCGUGUGCGUCGGCUCUGACGCGGGAGGCAGCGUCGCAGCUGGCACGAGUGCUCGCGCGGAGGUUGCCGCGGCAGAGCCUCUUCCAGAACCGCAACGAGCUGCGCGACCGCAUUCGCACGGCGCUGCGGAAGAUCAGCCCGGGAGCAGCACUGCCGUCCGUGAGGAAGGGCGCGGUGCGGCACCUGGCGGCGCAGGGCGUGCCCGAGGCGCAGCUGAUGCGGCUGACGGGCCACACCCGGGUAGACACACUCCAUCGCUACUUGGGCUAUGGCCUCCGACUAACCUCGGAGGCCGAAACCGCCUUGGCCAGCGCCGGCCGGGUCCUCCGCGGAUCACCGCAGUAG